AACCCAUUCGUGGUCAUAUCUGAACAAAUCCCAGUCACUUGUCCAUUUCUUUCUUUGCGUCCUCCUUUACUUUUUGAGCUAUUUAAUGUUUUGAGUAGCUUUUCUGGUUUUGGCCAAAUACUGUUUCAAUUGCCCACUGCUCCUGACUUCUGGGACAUUAGUUUUUGAUUCCUGGUUUUGUUCUUGUUGGAAUUAAUACUCACUGAUUAUGCCUACAUCAACAUGACAUCACAUUAUAGGUUCAUGUCUAGAAUUUAUUUUAAUCUCUCUAGUUGAAGAAAUAAGUUCACAACACGGCAUGCUAGGGAGAAUCAACCAUAAUGAGGCAUAGCCAUAUUAUAUCCCCUGGAAAUUCGUGUUCUGCUUCUGGGAGAGAAAUGGAAGAAAACUGCUACAUAAACUCUUAGGUAUACAAAAAAACACAACUAGUGUGCACAUCCAUUGAAUUGUAUGUGGAAUUGCAGGGAGGGAAACGUGUCUUCUGACCCUGACUCUGACCCCUGACUGACAGUACACUGCAUGAUUCUAGUGCUUCGAUCAUUUGCAGAUUUCUCAAAUAUGCAAAGCAUAAAGAACUCUAUAUUGAGUCAUGUGAAUUUGAGAAGGUCGACUGAAAGAUGGUUUUUUGCCAGGGAUGAGAAUGCGUUUGUGCAUUUGAGAUGUUGGUGCUCUUUAACCGGUGCCAGCUCUGAUGUGAUACUGAACCGAGUAAUUGGUCUGGUAAAAAAGAAUGAUAAAAUUGAUGCCACAAAGGUUACUGAAGCUGCUGAUUUUCAAAGAGACUUGAGCCUGGACAGCUUGGAUAGGGUGGAGCUUAUUAUGGUUCUUGAAGAAGAAUUUUCCAUCGAAAUCCCUGAUGAGAAAGCAGAUAAGCUUACUUGCUGUGCAGAUGUUGCAAAAUACAUAGCCUCCGGAGCUGACCAGAAAAUUUUGGGCAAGCACUGACUUCUCAUGUUGUUAUGUUAUUCUAAGGUUGUGGCAUACAAGAUUUGUGUGGUUGAGCCAUAUGGAUCUCUGCUUAGUCAGCUUGGUUGCAAAUAUGAAUGUUAGUUGAUCCACAUGUUGCAAAUAUUAUAAUAAUAGGAAUGUUAGACACAUUUAGUUAAUUAUUGGUUCCAAGGUCCUCAUGUUUGGAUAUUGCACGUGGAAAUGGCCGGUUUGAAGAAUAUCUCGUAAU